AUGUGGAUUCUGGUAGGGUUGCUCCUAGUGCGAACUCUUCAUGCCACCCAAAAUAGUCAGUUCCUCUUCUCGCAAUUCACACCAGCUUCAGAAUCUUCAGAAUCGCUGGCUUCGAAUCCAAAGUGUCAAAGUCUCACCGAUUGUCCGACAGGAUACUCCAACUGCUCAAAAGUGCACGGAAUCAAUGGGAAUCGAUGCAUUCGCAAUGGUCCUCUCCACCUUCUUUCCCGUUCUUUCUUAUACUAUUUUCCCUUUCCAGUAACUCAACUAUGUACAGGAGGCGUUCCGAACCUUCCUUUCCGCCCGUGUACCCGAAUGAGGGACUGCACCGACGCUUUGCAAACCUACCAGGGAUGGUGUGACUACGAGACGAAACUCUGCUGCGGACGUGGGGUUCGGUCACUCUCCAGUAGAAUUCCAUUUUAUUUCAGUUCCUGCCGACUCUGAGGAUCCGAUGACGUGUCCUGAUAGACUGACUCCUUUGUACGGACAAGAAAAGUGCACAGAAGUGGAAAAAGGAAUGGUUUAUUCGGGAAACAGCAAACAGAAAGGAGGAUUGUGCUACAAGGGAUACAGUUGUCCGCCCAGUACGCAUCAUUCCUAUUCCAGCCCAUGCCAUGCCCUUUCCAGAGAUAACAAAUGUUCAUGACAUGGCCUUCGGAAGCAUGACUUUCCGAACCAACGUCGACUGCCUUCUGGAUCGUCCGGUCGGCGAAAAGUACAGUUUCAUGUUUUGUCACAACGAAACCGGAAAUCUGUGGGUGAUCGGACAGUUGAAUGUAAACGGAGAUGAAGUGAGAAAGCAUUGGACGCAGUGUCAGUUGAACGAGGACUGCGGCAAAGGAUUCGUGUGCGUCAAAGAGGACUUGUGCCGGUACAGAUGCUACGAGGAUCCUGUCAGAUUCCUUCUCGAACCUUUCCUCAUUCAUUCUCCUUCCAGACCGAGGUCAUCGACUACGAUUCGAUCAUUCUGCAGGUCUUGGCAAUGUUUUUACUUCCGCUCAUCUUCCUCGCCAGCGUCAUUUUUUUGACUGUCAAAUAUCUGGACUGA